AUGAUAAUUUUAAAGGAAGUGUCCCAAAAUUCCAAUCGCAUGGACAAAUCAAAAUCAGGUUUCUUUAUCGCCGUAAUCGGCUGCACACAAGUAGGAAAAACAUCUCUAGUAUCAAGACUCACAAAAGACGUAUUCAUAGAAAAGCACCAGCCCACAAUGACACAGGAAAUUCAAACUACACUGUGUUCUGCGACUAAGCGAAAACAAAUAAGACUCUUCUUUUUAGAUCUCACAGGAAAUAAUUAUUUCCAGUCUUUUGCGACUCCAUGGAUUGGAGUUUCUCAAGCCGUGUUGAUACUUUUUGAUACAAAUUCUAUGCAGUCUUUUAACCAAAUCCAAGGGUGCGCGUCUUUGUGUUCUUUGGAAAACGUGAUGGUCUUCCUUGUUGGAACCAAAACUGAUACAAUUUAUCAGCGAGAAGUUUCGUAUGAACAAGCUGCCAAUAAAGCCAAUGAGCUUAACGCAAUCUAUUUCGAGAUUAGCGCAAAAUCCAAGAAAAACUUGGAUCAACUGUUAAAGGUUUUGAGUCAAUCUUUACUGAAAAAAUUUUAA